UGCCCGAGCUGCUGUUGCUCGUCCAUCUCGGCUCGCCUGCCCAAGACCGCUCCUAGGCCUGGGCCGGGCGACGAGGACCGGGAGAGCAUCCGCUCGGACGGCUCCCGAGAGUCUGUUGGGUUCGCCGGCCUCGACCUCGGCCAGGCUCCGCUCCUCCCGCGCGUGAGGGGCCUCGGCGGUGGCGGCGGCGGCGGCGCCCGGCAUGUAUCAGAGCCCGCGGCGGCUCUGCUCCGCCCUGCUGCAGAGAGACGCGUCCGGCCUGCGCCGCCUGCCCACUCCCGGACUGCGCCGCCAGUCGCCUCCGCCGGCGGCCGCCCCCCGGCCCGCGUCCCCCCGGCUCCUGGUGGCGGCCUCAGCGGCCUCGGGCGCCGCGAGGUCGUGUUCGCGAACAGUGUGUUCCAUGGGAAACGGAACGAGCAGACUCUAUAGCGCUCUCGCCAAGACACUGAACAGCAGCGCUGCCUCCCAGCACCCAGAAUAUUUGGUGUCACCUGACCCAGAACAUCUGGAGCCCAUUGAUCCUAAAGAACUCCUUGAGGAAUGCAGGGCUGUCCUGCACACUCGACCUCCGAGGUUCCAGAGGGAUUUUGUGGAUCUGAGGACAGAUUGCCCCAGUAGCCAUCCACCUAUUCGGGUCAUGCAGUGGAACAUCCUCGCCCAAGCUCUCGGAGAAGGAAAAGACAACUUUGUACAAUGCCCCGUGGAAGCACUCAAGUGGGAAGAAAGGAAAUGUCUCAUCCUCGAAGAAAUCCUAGCCUACCAGCCCGAUAUAUUGUGCCUCCAAGAGGUGGACCACUAUUUUGACACCUUCCAACCACUCCUCAGUAGACUGGGCUAUCAAGGCACAUUUUUCCCAAAGCCCUGGUCACCUUGUCUAGAUGUAGAACAUAACAAUGGGCCAGAUGGCUGUGCCUUGUUUUUCCUCCAGAACCGAUUCAAGCUGGUCAACAGUGCCAAUAUUAGGCUGACGGCCAUGACCCUGAAAACCAAUCAGGUGGCCAUCGCACAAACUCUAGAGUGCAAGGAGUCCAGCCGACAGUUCUGCAUUGCUGUCACCCACUUAAAAGCACGUACUGGCUGGGAACGAUUUCGCUCCGCUCAAGGCUGUGACCUCCUCCAGAACCUGCAGAACAUCACCCAAGGAGCCAAGAUUCCACUUAUCGUGUGUGGGGACUUCAAUGCAGAGCCAACAGAGGAGGUCUACAAACACUUUGCUUCCUCCAGCCUCAACCUGAACAGUGCCUACAAGCUGCUGAGUGCUGAUGGGCAGUCAGAACCUCCGUAUACUACCUGGAAGAUCCGGACCUCAGGGGAAUGCCGGCAUACCCUGGAUUAUAUCUGGUAUUCUAAACACGCCCUCAGUGUGAGGUCAGCUCUUGAUCUGCUCACUGAAGAACAGAUCGGACCCAACCGGCUACCAUCUUUUAAUUACCCUUCAGACCACCUGUCUCUAGUGUGUGACUUCAGCUUUAAUGAGGAACCCGAUGGACUUUUAUAAAUGCUUGUCUUUUUAAUCACAAGAGUCUUAACCAGGGAUAUUUCAGGAAACUGAAAUAGGAUAAGAAGUUGCCUGAGGAAGGAUUCUCAGUUUCUCUAACUUCAUUUUCCAUGUUUCCAGCAUGCCCUUGGGAAGGAAUCCCAUUAGUCUGCAAACCUUUUCCAUUAAAACCUACAGCAAAAAAGGUGUUUGCACUCCAGUUUUGGCUUGUAUUAUUUUUUCCCUUAGCAUUACAUUUUGAUCAUUGACAGGCAUUAAAAAUUAGGCUUCUUUUAUAGCUUUUUCAGUUGAAGGAUGCUAUAUAAAAAUAGACUUGCUUGAGCCCUCUAUAAUUAACAAAAAGUAUAUAGGAGCAAUUUCUCUAGAUAGCAUUUCAAGUUAUUUAUUUGUGGGGUUUUAAAAUGUCAGCAAGAUAUGCAUGGCAAUAUUUAUUUUUUUAUAUUUUCAUGUAUGAUUAAGAGCAUUGUGAAUGUUUUAAAACCAUGAAAGCAUAAGUAAUAGAGUAUUUUAUAGUGAUUUUCUUAAAUCUCUAAGAUCUUUUUAUUUGGGGUCUAACAAUAGUAGUGUACAAAGGGACUGUUUAGCCUGAUGGGGUUUUUUUGUUGUUGUUUAUUUAAGUGGAAAUGUUAGGUCUCCUUGAUGACUUUCUUCAUAAGUAAUCCUCAGUAUGCCUCCAUGUUCCCAUUAUUGUGUUUCUUAAAAGAGAUUCCAUGACCAGUCAGUUUCAUUAUUGAAUCACUGUUUCACAUUUAUAGCUUUCUGUUGGAAUGCUGUGGUAUUCAUUUGCGGUCCCUCUUGGACUGUGCUCUUAAAUUAGGUUAUUUAGGAGCUGUUACAUGGCAGUAGCUAAGAAAGUGAGUGGGGCCUUCUCUUCAGAGGUGGGAAACUAGAAAGCCUAUUAACAAGGCUAUCCUUGAAACCUCCUUGAUAGCCAGGUGGCUAAUUCAAAUUGUCUAGAAAGGAAGAAUGUAAAAAGUUAGAAAGAUAACCUGGAAUUCUCUUCCAUAAGAAAUAAAAGUGGUGCAAGAUAAUAGGUGAAGCCCCUUUCAAGCAAAAUCCCAACAAAUAACCUGUUGGUAAUAAAUUGAUAAAUAUUUUAACCCAUGAGUUGUAAAUAUUUAAGAAUAAUAAAUGGUCUUUUAAAGCUAGUGAUUUUAAUAUCUUGUCUUUUUAGUCCAAAAAGAAUCUGGGAGGAGAUUUGGUUUUCUAAUACUGUUAACAUGGUGACCCACAGUAUCCAUUUACACACAGACCUUCAUUUUUUAAGUGGAUCUGUAGCUGCACAUUGAAGUCAUCUAUGCUAUGCUUAUGUAAUAUCUCUAGGCAUCACUGUUGGAGUUCCCCAAAAUGGUUCACCCAAGUAUUCUGCAUUAGAGCUACUUUUGAAACCAGCGAGGUGUUCAGUACAUUGUAUACACAUCUUGGGGCUUCCUGGAAGGAGCGGCAAGCAGGAAGAACAUCUGUACCAACUGUCAUUUGGUUCAGAUCUUAGCGUGAUAAUGGUAAUCAUAUCAGCUAUUGAGAAACCCAAUACUGAUUCCUACAGGCAUUAAAUAUUGUUUGCAUGCCCCAAAGUACACCAACCUGAAGAGAAACGAUGACAGCAGCCGUAAGAGAGCAAAUACGGAUGAGAAUAAAAGCCAAAAUAAUGUUUGCAUUUCAGAUGUUGUCCACCAGUAUAUGAAUUAACAGGCUUGAGGGUUAGACUAAGGUUGAGGGUUAGACUAGGGAUGGCUGGGAAUACUAAUGAGGAAAAAAGCUGGAAAUACUGUGCAAUUGUAAUGUGCCUAUAAAUUAAGGAAAUAGGGCGGAAAUUAUAAUGGAACUCUCCUUAUGAGUAAUCCUUUGGAGUUACAGCAGUAUACUUCUGUUUGUUGGUUUUGUAUUUUGUCUUUAUUUAAAAUGGAAUUAUGUGAGCAUUUUAUGUAAAUAGGUUUUAGUAGUAUAUUAAAUCUUGGAUUCUACUUCA